AUGCCUGCGACGCUCUUCAUCUCCGCAUUUCCCGGGCUAUCCGCAAGGCCGUCGCACUCUCUUCUCGCGUCUCGCCGUCCUCUUGGCCACUCGUCGCCGCCCGGUUUCCUGCGGAUUGGCGAAGGCAGGCGAAGGAAUGCCGCUCGAGUGGUAACCUCACGCGCGAAGAAGGACGGGGACGAGCCCGAGAACGACGCGCCCGCGGGAGUCGCGCUCUCCUCUACCAAAAGCCCGCGACUCGAUGACUUCGAGCUCCCCGCGGUGGGCGGCGGCAGGCCCGGCGGCGACGACGGCGACGAAGUCGGCGCGAUUCACGGCGGCGGGUGGGCGCCUCGGGUGUACCACCACGAAGAUCUUUAUUUGAGCGAUCUGGAGAAGAACGGAAAGGGGAAGAAGAAAGGAGAUAAGAAGAAGAAAAAGGGGGACAAGGGGGAGGAGGUUGAGGAUGGAACGAAGGCAGAGGUUGCGGCGGGGAAAGCGGAGAGCGAGAAGGAGGUGACAAGCCCCGCGGCGGGUAGCUCCUCGGGCAGCGAUACGGGCAGCGAUACGGGCAGCGAUACGGGCAGCUCGGGCAGCGAAGGGAAGAAAAAGUCGAAGAAGGAGAAGGAGAAGAGCGGCGGACGCGGCCGCGGGGUGGAGCCAACGGGGCAUUACCCGGACGACCUUUCGUCGCACGCGAAGGCGGCGGAGAAGGAUAAGGGGAAGAAGAAGAAGAACUACAACUACGAGGACGAACUCGAGCGGCUGCAGCUCGAGCUGGUGAAGCUGCAGGAGUGGAUCAAGAAGAAGGGUCUGCGCGUGGUGGUUAUAUUCGAGGGGCGUGACGCAGCAGGCAAGGGCGGCAUAAUCAAGGUCAUAACCGCACCGCUCAACCCGCGUGUGUGCAGCAUCAAGGCUCUGGGAACCCCUUCUGACCGCGAACGCACUCAGUGGUACUUCCAGCGCUAUGUAGCACACCUUCCGGCUGCUGGUGAGAUGGUGCUGUUCGAUCGGAGCUGGUAUAACCGCGCGGGAGUGGAGCGGGUCAUGGGGUUCUGCUCGGACGAGGAGUAUCGCGAGUUUCUCCGGUCGUGCCCCGAGUUUGAGCGCAUGCUGGUGCGGUCGGGGAUUAUUCUGGUCAAGUACUGGAUUUCGGUGAGUCCCGAGGAGCAGGAGAAGCGGUUUAAGGAGCGGCUGGAUCGGCCGGAAAAGCGGUGGAAGCUCAGCGACAUGGACCUGCAGUCGCGGGCGCGGUGGGCGGAUUAUUCGUAUGCGAAAGAUGUGAUGUUUGGGUAUUGUGAUAUCAAGCAGGCGCCGUGGUAUGUUGUUCCGUCAGAUGAUAAGAAGGCGGCGAGGCUGAGUGUGAUGGCGCACUUGCUCAGCUUGAUCCCGUAUGAGGAUCUGAUUGAGCCAAAUGACGUGAAGAUCCCGCCGCUCCAGGAGGAUUAUUAUGUGCGGCCACCAGUCACGGACCAGACCUUCGUCCCACAGUUGUUUUAA